UCGACGAUAAAACGUUCUGGUAUGUGACCCCUAGAGAGCCUCUUCAGCCUCCUCAGCCAUGCAUUUUUAUUUAUCUGAGAGAGGUUUGAGAUCGAAUGUUUCGGGCUUCCUUGAGUAGAGUGAUACUGACCUCUGAUUGUUCAGGUAUAUGGACAUCACGGGAUCCGGCAACGAGACGAUCAGUCAUAUCUACGAGAACGGCAGGAUCACGGUGCUUUUCAAUGCAUUUGAGGGCCCACCAAGGAUACUACGGCUUUUUGGACGUGGUCGUGUGCUUGAACAUAACACGCCCGAGUACAAAGACUUUGUGAAGAAGCACGAUGUGGAAACGAUCCCCGGGUCACGAAGUGUUGUCUUGGUCGAUGUACACCAAGUUGGCACAUCGUGCGGCUACUCGGUACCAUUCUAUGACUUCAAGUCUUUUAGGUCGACGUUGAACGAGGUCUUUGAGAGGAAGGAGAAGAGAUAUUUGGCGGGGAAGGACGAGGAGAGCAUGCCCCGAUACUGGGCGCUAAAGAAUUCAUGGAGCGUAGAUGGUCUCCCAGGCAUGAAGGUUGGCCAGGAGACCAUGAAGAAGGAGAGUAUCGUACCUUUGAAGAAGAUGGUUGGUGCUGCUGCUCCGGGAGCUUAUUUAAAGCAGAACAACGGUUUCUCCCUGGUACAGCUCGUUGCGGCCAUUGUGCUCAGCGCCUUACUAUCAGUUUUCCUGACCCUGCAUGGAGCAGGGGUUGCUCACACACUAAGACAUUUUUUUCAGGCAACUGGGUGGCCAACUUGAGUUCAACUCCAAUUGCAAGACAAAUGGAUGGUGUGGCUAGUGCGUGAUCCGGCUUGAUUUAUAUCACGAGGCGCAAGGCGACGAACAGUGUCGUUGAGCACCGCUGCCUUGAUAUGUAUGAGUCAGCCUCCUACAUGAAAUUUAAUUUGUCAAUCUUCACAAAAAUUGAGACCUGGGAGCGUAUAGUCCGCACCACCUCGGAUUCUUGGCGUAGCAGAGAAUUUUCAAGUUUUCGGUCAAGCAA